AGAAAAAACUUAUAAAAUUUUAUAAAACCAAACUCCAUUAAAUUCAAUUAUAAAAAAACAGCUACUAAAUGACUGACGCAGAGGAUAAACGUCCAGAAUGGGGCAAAAAAUUGUCCAAAUUUGUCCCAAUACCACAGCGUGUUAUCAUGGCCAUAAUGGGAUUCUUUUCCAUAAUCAAUAAUUAUACGCUACGCAGUUGUAUUUCCGUUACAAUCACCCGUUUGGUUUUAAAGCGAACUUAUUCAAAUGAAACCGCGGCUAGUGGAGAGGUCUGCCCAAAACCUGAAUUAACCGAAGAGGAAGAGAAACUGGCAGGCGGUGAAUAUGACUGGUCACAGGAAAUGCAAGGUUACAUACUUGGCGCUUUUUAUAUUGGCUACAUUUUGGGGCAUUUACCUGCUGGUUUCCUAUCCGAAAAAUACGGCGCAAAAUGGGUCCUGGUAUGUGGAAUGUCCACAGCUACCAUACUAACAAUAUUUACACCAUUGUGCAUUAAAUUACUUGGACCGGUUGCCUUAAUUAUUUUACGUGCUAUAAUGGGUUUUGGCGCUGGCUUCUCAUAUCCCUCAUUCAGUGCUCUUUUGGCACAUUGGGUACCCACACAUGAGCGUAGUUUGCUUGGUGCAUUUAUAAUGGGCGGUGGUCAAAUGGGUACGGUGUUGAGUAAUAGUGUGUCAGGAACUAUUUUGCGUUAUACAACAUGGCCAUGGGUAUUUUAUACAUUUGGAUUUUUCGCCGCUUUGUGGAUAUUGUUUUUUAUAUUAUUGUGCUAUAGUGACCCAGAAUCGCAUCCGUAUUUAGGAGACAAAGAGAAGGAGUAUCUUAUGCAACAUAUGGGUCGACUUGGACGUGAUCAUAAUUUACCAGCUUUCCCUUGGUUGACCGUCUUCAAAAGCAAAGAAAUGUGGGUACUCAUUUGCGCCCAGAUCGGACACGAUUGGGGCUUUUAUGUAAUGUCCACUUGUUUCCCGAAAUUCUUGAAUGAUGUUUUACAAUUGCAAAUACUCAAAACUGGCAUAUACUCUUCGAUUCCAUUCUUAUUAUUUUGGUUUGCUUCGCUUUUAUUUGGGACAAUAUCUGACUUUAUAAUUAAACGCGAUGUGAAAAGGGCGACAUGUGUGCGCAAAUGGAUGACAUUUAUAGCCGCAACACCUUCAGGCCUCUUCAUGGUUCUAGCCGUCUAUGUUGGCUGUAAUACUCUUCUAAUUAUUUUAUUCUUCACCAUCUCCAUGGCACUAAUGGGUGCCUUCUAUGCUGGCAUAAAAUUGACUCCGAAUGAUAUGACUCCAAAUUAUGCAGCUACUGUGAUGGCUAUUGUUAACGGAUUGGGUGGCAUUGCUGGUGUUCUGGCGCCCUAUUCAGUAGGUUGGCUAACGAAAAAAACCCUCUUACCUGAAUGGCAGAUAGUAUUUUGGCUGGCUCUUGCUAUUCUCACCAUACCAACUAUACCCUUUUGCAUUUGGGGCACAGCUGAAGUGCAGGAAUGGAAUGAACAAUCAAAGAAGGAAUAGAAAGUUCAAUUUCCAAUUCGCAAGGUGCUUUCUUUAGUUUAGUCGAUGUGCACUGACGCUUUUAUUUAAUAUACAUAU